AUGAAUUUAUGUAGAGGAAAAAAGAGAAAUUUAAGUAGAAUGUCAGAGAGGGAGAGACAAAGAGAGAGAGAGAGAGAGAGACAGAGAGAGAGAGAGAGAGAGAGAGAUUUAGGGGGAACAAACAGACAGACAGACAGACAGACGGACAGACAGACAGACAGACAGACAGACAAAAAAUUUAAAAAUUGUGUUUUUGUUAUAAGUACAGUAUAUACUUUCAUAUGCAUUUAG